CAGAAGCCUGGACUUAAGAUCUCUAAGUGCGCUAAUGCCUUAAAACAAUUCGUCUUUUUUUUAUCAGUUUAAAAACAAUUUGUCUUUGAUGUCUAUUAAAUUGGGGGGAGGGGGGGUACUUGGUCAAUUCCUUAAGUUGUAAGCUCACGAAAUCAAUCUGUCUACAGUUACACUCACCUUGAUGAUAUUAAAGUUCAAACAAUUGAAACUAAAAACAAAAUAUUACCAAGAUGUUAUGAUUCGAUGAUAGUAAAAAUCACAAUGACAAAAAGGACAUAUGUUUUCAAUGAUGUACCAAGAGAAAAGCUUAAUAGGAGAGAACAAAAUUGUCACAAUCCUAAAGGGCCUAAAUUAUCAGGCUAAAAUCCUCGAAUUGUGGACCAUGGUCAAUCUUCUCAUAAACUAUGGUUAUCAAUUUUGCCGUCUCAAAGUUCCCCAUGGUCGAUUUGGAAAGAAAAAGUCUUCCAAUAUGAUCAGUCAUUCUCUUGAGAAGAUUUAUCAUUCAUAGAAAGAUAGAGAGAAAUAGAGAAUUGAAAAUGGCAGAGUCCUUCUCUAAACUCCACCAAUAAGGCCAUGGAAGAAUCAAAAUUGUCAUUCCCAAAUCCUAGACCUAUGAACCUCACUAAUCCUUAACUCUGAAUUAUGCUAUCAUUAGCUUCUGAAACUGAAACUGAAAAGAAAAGGCAUAUCAUCAAGCACCCAUGUCCAAGGCUGGAAGUUUGGUACCGGUAUUUGGGAUAUACCGAAUUUGUCUAUAUUUAGUAUUACCGAAUACACGUAUUAUUUUGUGGGAUUGGGAUUGGGAUUGAAUUUCAAUUGUUAUUCGGUAUUAGGGAUUAUGGGAUUGUGAUCGGUAUAUACCGAAAUACCGAUCAAUACUGAAAUAUAAGCUAAUGUAUAUUUUAUCCUCUCAACUAAACUCUCUCAUUCACUAUUACGCGACCAUCAACCACCGAAAGUAUCAUUUAAUUAUACAUAGAUCAUUACAUUCACACUAUUAUUAGUCGUCUCUCAACCUCAAAUUCGUCAAAUUAAAGAUUACCAAUUACAAUAACUUGAGAUGUUAGCUCUAGGCAACUCAAGACUAUUUGCUUAGUCUCUUCGGCCUAAUUUAAACAAUAAAAUCAAAUUUAUAUAUUUAAUUAUUAAUUGCAAAGAUAAUUAAUUAUGUAUUCGAUAAUACCGAUUGGGAUACCGAAAUUAUUUAGGGAUUGGGAUUGGAAUACCGAAAUUAUUUAGGAAUUGAGAUUGGGAUUGAUUUUAGGGUGUAAUUCGGUAUUCGGGAUUUUGGUAUUUGGUAUUGGGAUACCGAUACCGUACCAAUUUCCACCCUAUCCAUGUCCCAAAUGGGAAGAGUAAAAACUCAUGACCUUAGAUGAUAACAAAAUAGUUUUAAACAUGUGAUUUCCUGUUCUUAAUGUUAAAGUUUUGGAAAAUAAAUGUAUGAGCUACACUACUGUGAUCCGUAUGCUGGAGGAUUGGGGCUUUCUUUGUAGCUCUAUAUAUGACAUACCUUCCAUCAAUCUAUCGCUUUGUAGUUGGGGCUGGGGCGCAACAGUUCAUGAGUCUGAUAUAUGAUCUGGCAUAACUUCAAUCCAUCACAACACCGUAGCAGGAUAAGGUACACAUUCAAGUUGCAAGGUUCUGGCUGAUUUGACUCAAAACUCCACGUAAAGGAAUCCCGAUGCACCGUUAGAAUCCAACCCAGAGUAUUUUAUGAGGAAAGGUAGUAGGGCACAACAACAUAAAAUCAAAAUAAAAAUGAUGCAUCACCCUAAACAAAGAAAUUGAACUACUAAACAAAAUGUAAAUGUCACCACAUCUGAAAAUCUAUACCGAUAAAAACAAAAAGCAAAGCAGGCUUUAACUAAUGGAAAAGUGAAAGUAAACAGAGAUAUGAAAAAGAAAGAGAAAAUUCAUCAAAAUAAAACACAACAAAUUUGGAAUAUGAAAUCAAAUAAAUUGGAAAUAUUGUUUCUAGCUAUCUAUACAGUCAUAUUCUCAUCAGACCCCUCAAAGUAAAUGAGUUGAGGGUGGGCUAUUUAAGAUGGAAACACAGGGUUUAAUAUUAUGGUUGUGCACAACUCGGACGGUACGGAAUGAGAGAAGUUGGGUGAGCUAGGAAGGUUGGGUAGAUUCAGAUGAUGAGGCGAAGAAUAAUUGAGAAGCUCCAACUGAAGAUUGAGGUUAAAACCUGCGGUAAUAAUUUUGCUUUUGGUGUUUAGGGAUUCAUCGAGAGAAGAGGAAAGCAGGUGAGGAGGAAAGGAAGAAAAAGAAACUAUAGUAGUCCAGAUCCGUAUAAGUCAAAACGCACUGUGGAAUUUAAUUUUGGCAAUUCCCUUCAAUGCCCUUCCGGGAAACACUCCCAGGGCUGCAAUUUUGAAAUGGAGAGUUUCAGAUGCUUUAAAACGUAUUAUAUAUUCUCUAGAGUUAGGCAGAUAGUUCAACGUAUAUCCAUAGUCUCAUCAAUUAUUUUUUUCCGACUUAAUAUAUUUAUACACAAAGGAUAACCCGGUGCUAGAAACAAACAAGUUUAUACCGUUUGUCGGUUUAGCAAGUGAAAUGGUCCGAUUAGGUUAUAAUCUGUUUAUGGCACAUUUAAAAAAGUAUGCAGAAAAGUAGGAAACUAUAAAAGUAAAUGAAUUAUGCAUAUAUAUCGACAAUCUCCCUACAAUUUACAUCUAUAUUUAAAUAAAAAUACAACAUCAUAAACAAAAAAAUACUCAUAUUUGAAUAUAAUAUUUAAUAUCAAUAUCAAAACAUGUGUAUUUGAAAACAACAAAUAAUAUCAACAUCCAUAUUAAAAAAAUACAUUACAACCAUAAUGACAAAAUUCUCAUAUGUAAAUACAAUUUUUUUGUUAAUUAAAUUAACCAAAGAAUUUCAUUUUGUGUAGGGGAAGAAAACUGGACAUACCGGUUGGAUCACUGAGGUUCCAGUUUUGACCGAUACUUAUCGAUUUUGACUACCACUUCAUACCGGUGAUAUUACAACCGAUUUUGUGUUCAGUACCGGUUGAACUCGAUUCUUCAGCCGACAAACCACCGACAUGAUAAAGACGAACAAUGAAAGAUGAAAUUACUAGAAGUUUAUGAAACAAAGUAAAGUAAAGUGAUGCCCACAUACUACUUGGUAUUGUACAAAACUUUAAACUAUGAUAAUGUAAAUAUUAUGUAGACUCAAAGUGAAAAACUAUAAUGAAAAUUACUAUUAAGAGGAAUUUGAAGUUUUACUGUAUAUCGGUAAAUUAAAGUUGCAAACACCUAUAGAAUAACAAAAAAAAACACCUAAAUAGGAAAAAGAUAGAAUGUUUUUUCAGAAAGCUUUAUGGAUCCGUUUCAAUCUCUGAGGCCAGAAGCCCUUUCUAGGCUUGGUAUAGAUACAACACCUGGAUUGGGCCUAGCUGAGUUAUAUGGAUCAUAUGUCUUGAAGCCCAUAUAAACUUUCCUUUCUGUCUUUGAUUCACACACGGACACGGUAACCAAUUUCGACUCGGGUUGGGUUUCUCUUGUAGCUGAUCGUCGUUCUUCUUCUUCUUCGUCUCUCCUCCGGCGGCGAAUGCCAAUCAUCGGAACGUCUCCAGCGUCAGUGAGAAAAGAGUCGGAAAUUUAAGCAAAAUGGAGGAACGGAGCGUCGGAGAGGUGCUCUACGAGGAACGACGUCACGCCUCCGGCCCAUAUUCUUCCCAUUAUCCUCCUCUCCCUCCCAAGAGUAAUGAUGGCGGAAGCGGCGGUUUCCUCUCGUUUCUUUCAAUUCGAGGUAUAAGCCAACUCAAAGAGAAGUGGAGUGGUCAGAGCAAUCAAGCAAAUGUUAAGAAGCCUGCCUCUCUGUUUAUCUCCCCAAGGGGUGAGCAUGUUGCUGUUGCUACUGGGAGUCGGAUAACAAUCUUGCAAAAGGAGGAUGAUUACCAAGAGCCAUCUGGUCUUUUUAAUGGUGGCAGUUCUUGUUUAUAUACCUGUGGAACCUGGUCAGAAUCACACAAUGUACUUGGUGUUGUUGACAACAUGGACACUAUGUAUUUCAUCAAAGCAAGUGGUGUACAGAUAGCACAAUUUACUAAGAGGCAACUCAAAAUCUCUUCACCUAUAAUUGGUCUGAUUCCCCAGGAUUGUGGUGAUGGUCUUGGAUCUUGUGUAUGUAGUUUCGUAGUUGUAACGUCAGAUGGCCUUCUUCAUCAUGUUGAUGUCGGUCGAGAGCCAAGCAGUGGCUGUGUGUCAAAUAGCAGUUCAGCAGCUAAACCACAGUUCCCUAAGGAUGUUUUCUGCUUUCAGUAUGCCCCAGAGAAUUCUCUGCUUCUUGUGGUUGGUGGCAUUGACAGUGCCUCUGUAACUUCUGGUCUAAAGCCUGGCUGCCACCUUUCCCUUUGGCGUCGAUGUCAGAACUUGAAUCUUGAACAGUUGUCUACUCUUCAGUUUGAAGGCCAGUAUUGCAGACUGCAAGAUGCCGUUAAGUGUCUGGCAUAUCCUAAAGUACUAAUAUCUCCAGAAAGCCAAUUUGUCUCUACUCUGGAUGGAACAGGACACUUGCAUGUUUUUAGGAUGGAUAAAGAAAGCUGGGCACUUUCCAGCUUCGACAACGUGGAGGGAUCAACUCCAUCUGCUGCUAAUAACCUAUUAAAUGAACAGAAUGCUUACUUGAAUGACAUUGUAGAUUUUACUUGGUGGUCAAAUCACAUCAUGACUGUUAUUAAAAGGGGCGGAAUUGUUUUGAUGCUUGAUAUGCUUAGUGGCACAAAAGUCCUGGAACAUGAUCUGGCAUACUCCAUGCCCAUGGUGGACAGAGCACAGGAAAUCCAGGGGUCGAUAUUUCUUUUAGAGAGCAAAUUCUCUGAUCACAGAAAAAUUCCAUCUGACCACAUUGGACAAUUAAGUGACUCACAAGGCAUGGAGGAAAAAGCAGAAGACAGUUUUGAUCAAUUUGAUGUUUCCCGGAUGUCUUGGAGUUUGAUGUCACUUUCUCAGAAAUCUGUUCAUGAAAUGUACAGUAUCUUAAUUGGAAAUGGUAAAUACCAGUCAGCAUUGGAUUUUGCCAAUCGUUAUGGAUUACAGAAAGAUGAAGUAUUCAAAUCACAGUGGCUGCAAUCUCCCAAACGAAUCAGAGAUGUAAAUAUGUAUUUGACUAGAAUCAAGGACCUUAGUUUUGUUCUUUCUGAAUGUGGGGAAAGAAUAGGACCAACAGAGGAUGAUAUGAAAGCUCUUCUUGCACACGGUAUUGGUGUAUCUGAUCAGUUUCGUAUUUCUGAAGAAGAAAAUUAUGAUAGCUACUUAUGGGAUUUUCGAAUCGCCAGGCUUCAGUUACUGCAAUCCAGAGACAGGUUGGAGACGUUUCUUGGCAUAAACAUGGGCAGGUUCUCUGCGCAGGAGUACUGCAAAUUUCGGGUCACCCCUCUUGAGGAAGUAGCUGUAAUCCUGGCUGAAAGUGGAAAAAUUGGGGCUCUUAAUCUCCUCUUCAAACGGCAUCCCUAUUCCCUGAAUCCGUUUAUGUUACAAGUACUAGCUGCAAUUCCUGAGACUACUCCUGUUCAAACAUAUGGACAACUUCUUCCUGGGAAGUCUCCUCUUAUCAGCAUAGCUCUCAGGGAAGAAGACUGGGUUGAAUGUGAGGCGAUGGUACGAUUUAUCAAUCAGUUAUCUGAUAGCCAUGAGAUGGGAAUCCAGAUCAGAACUGAAUCUAUUGUACAGCGCUGCAAUGGACAUCUUUGGCCAUCUACUGAAGAACUCUCUAUAUGGUACAAAAAGAGAGCAAGAGAUAUUGAUUACUAUACUGGUCAGUUGGAGAAUUGCCUUUGCCUGCUUGACUUUGCAUGUCGAAAGGGUGUCACUGAGUUAGAGCAGUUUCAUCAGGAUAUUUCUUACUUAUGUCAGCUUAUUUAUUCUGAUGACAGUGACAGUGAUAGUGAUAUGUGCUUAGAUAUGAGUCUUGUUGCAUGGGAAGAAUUGUCUGAUUACGAGAAAUUUAGAAUGAUGCUAAAGAACGUCAAAGUUGAAAAUGUGGUCAAAAGGUUAAAUGACAAAGGAAUUCCUUUUAUGUUGAGUAAAACCUCUGCUGUUAGCUCUGCCACUAUGGAUCAGCUUACAGACCACCAGUCUUCCUUACAUGAGGAGAAUACGUCUUUCUUGAUAAGGUGGCUUAAAGAGAUGGCUGUGGAGAAUAAAUUGGACAUAUGCCUGAAGGUGAUUGAAGAAGGGUGCAAGGAGUUGGGAAAUGCUGGUUUCUUCAAAGAUGAUACUGAAGCCAUAGAAUGUGCUCUUCAGUGCAUAUACUUGUGCACUGUUACAGACAGAUGGAGUACCAUGAGUGCUAUAUUGUCAAAGCUUCCGCAGAAGCAAGGUUAGUCUUUUGUUAUAUGUAUUCCAUCUCUGACAUUAGGAUACUGACCAAGUUUUGUAGAGUAAGUAGAAAAGAAGAUGAUUGAUUCCUCCCAUUGUCACUUAAAAUUAAUAAGUGAAGGCCCCAUAUCGCUACAAUUUGUGGGACUUAACCUUGUCGUAACCUUCUUUCCAUGGUAUGAGUUCUCUGGCUACCUUUUGUCUCCUAAUCCAAAGUUCCAAAUCAAAUUUCUGUCUUAUGGAUACAGUUCCACACGUCUUUUGGUAAUUGAACCUACUUGGUAGAAUUGUCCAUCAUGGGCUAUCCAUUGCUUUCAACUGUUUCCUUACUCAAGGGAAUCCCUUACAGAAGUCAGAGCACUGAGCGGAACCCUGGAGAAGAGACUCAAACUUGCAGAAGGUCAUAUUGAAACUGGGAGGCUUUUAUCAUUUUACCAGGUUUGUUUGUCUCUCUAAUAGUUAUAAGUUUGACUGGUAGGAACUAGGAAGGAGUAAUAUUUUGUAUCUGCCUUUUGGUGUGGUGUGGAUGGUAUAACCCUCAUAGGUUGAAGUGGAUAAAUUAAGUUGGUGUAAUUUUUUGUUGAGGAUAAUAUUGUUUAGUAGUCUUGUGAUUAACAGGGAAUUAACAUCUUGGUAGAUGACUUAUUUGGUGGUGUAAGCCAGUUAAGUAACUGGAUUCCCCUUGUCCCAGUAUGUUAAAGGUGGUACUAGUGGCGAGCCAAGAAUAGUAGAUCCUGUUACACAAUAACUUCUUGGUUUGUAUAGUUCACCAAGUUCUGCCGAGGGUCACAAAAGUAUCCCUUAUUUUGACUUUCUCUCUUCUCCUAUGAAGAGUUAAUUUGCUUCAUGCUUGAAGUAUAGUGACUUUGGUAGCAAGCAUCUUUGAUUAAAUGAUAAUUUUUAUUUGGUUUGUAAUUCCCGCAGACAUUUUGAAAAUGCAUAAAAUGUUGAACCUGUACACUAAGAAUUCCUUGUCCCAGGCUACUUAAAUUUGCGUUAGCAUGUUGCAACCAUCUUUAGAAAUCAUUAUUUCUGAUUUCAUUUGUUGAUUAGUUGUUUUGGGUGAUAAUUGUUGAUGUUUAAGUAGCAGUUGUGACAUAGCAUUUCACGAUUCUUGGAAUUGUCAAAGUACCUGUUCUGUAAUUUGCUUUUUAAUAAAUUAUAGAACAUAAGCUUCUUGGAUCAUGAGUCAUGACAUGUAUCUUAGUCAAUAACUAGUGCCUAUUAACUUGCAAACAAACAAUGAACAGUGCCAGCUACG